AUGGAUUUGGUCUGCGGCAGCGGUGACCGCGUCCCGCUGCGGGAGGCCGCCGCCUACCUCCGCUUCCAGCGCGCUUCCAGCGGAUCGUCCGUCAAGGAGCUCCUCCAUGGCGCGUCGCUCUCGGCUACGCCCGUGGCAUCCGCCGUCGCCUCGAAGGAGAAGCAGACGUACUUGGCCAAGCGGCGUCAGUACCUGCAGCGGCGCCAGGAAGAAAAGUCGUACAACCAGAUGCUUGGCAAGCUCGAGCGGCCCAAGGCGGACUCGGACAUGCAGCGCGAGAUGAAGUCGGUCUCGCAGCACCUCUCCAUCGGCGCCAACAUGAUUGCCGGCAUGGCGACGGCGUUCUUCGUCGCUUACUACAUCGCCCGCAGCGUCACGGACAACGAAACCUCGCGUCUGCUCAUGGGCCUCGCCGCCACGAUUGCCAUGAUGGUCGUCGAGAUGGUGCUGUAUAUCACCCGCUCAACCAAGCAGGAGGAGCUCGCACGCCGGCAGCGAAAGAGCGAAGGGCGCACGUAAGGGCGAAGGAGCUGUUUUGUUUCA